CAUGGCUUCUGCGAAAGUCCUUGACAGUAGAUGGGUUCGUAGGUACCGUAUAUUUUUCGUAGCAGGUACUAUUAUUCUAGGCAUCCAAGUCUUCCUCGCGUAUAAGUUUUUUCCUGGUGAUAAUGAUGUCAGUGAAAAACUUCAAGAUCAAAGAGGUGUAUCAGGAAAAGGGAGGGUAAACAUAGAGGUAUUACAUGAAGAUCCUAAUGGUGCAGUUUCAUCAAGGAGAUUCAAGGAAAAUUACUUAGUUGUAGAUGAUGAGGACAGCCCAAGCAAUAGCAACCCUGUGAAUGGCCUUUACAACAAACAUAAAGUUCCUCCGGAUAAAUAUGACGUAGCAGAUAGCAGAAACCCUGCAGUUACAGCAGAAAAAGUGCCUCAGCAUUCACACAGUAGGAAUAGGGUAAUUCAAUGGGGAAAUCGGAGUAGCUUAAGACUGGAAGAAUUAGAUUUUGUACCUGUUUGUGAUAUAACAACCAAAGAAGCAAUAUCAGCAGUUCACCGAGCUAAGACACAACGAUGUAAGCAGCAACUAGUGAACAUUACGUGCCUUAUACAGCAGGGGCAGCUGUACCCAGAACGUCUUUCUAGUUCUUGCCCAUCACAAGGUUUUACUGCUGGAAAAUCCCUUGGAUGUUACCGUGAUGAAAAAACAUUUCGGCUGCUAUCUGGAUAUUAUGCAAAUUUUAAAACAACAAAUUCUCCACAGUACUGCAUCAAUAUGUGCCUUCAGUCUGGCUUUCCCUAUGCUGGUGUACAGUACUCUACUGAGUGCUUCUGCGGAUAUGAGGAGCCUCCGUCCACAUCACGGCUUCCUGAUUCAUCCUGCAACAUGAAGUGCCCGAGUGACGCCCAUGAAGCCUGUGGUGGAUACUACACAAUCAAUGUCUAUGAAACAGGCAUUGCAAAAUUUAUGCCUCAAGUGCCAAAUAUUAAACCUGAAUCUGGAACGCAGCCUGUAAGAAUAGCCUAUCUACUAACAUUGAAUGGUCGAGCAUUACGCCAAGUACGCAGAUUGUUUAAAGUGCUAUUCCACAGGGACCACUUCUUCUUCAUCCAUGUAGAUGCUAGACAAGACUAUCUUUACCGAGAGCUAUUGACUCUGGAGCACAACUUUCCUAAUGUGAAGAUUUCACGAACACGUUUUGCGACCAUCUGGGGUGGUGCAUCAUUGCUACAAAUGCUUUUAACAUCAAUGAAAGAGCUUCUGGACUCAGACUGGAAGUGGGAUUUUGUUAUAAACCUGAGUGAAUCAGACUUCCCUGUCAAGACAGACAGAGAACUGGUUGAAUUUUUGACCGCCAACAAAGGUCGCAAUUUUGUCAAGUCUCAUGGUCGUGAAGUCCAGCGCUUUAUUCAGAAGCAAGGACUUGACAAGACAUUUGUAGAAUGUGAUGCUCAUAUGUGGCGCACUGGAGAUCGCCGACUCCCGUGGGGAAUACAGGUUGAUGGUGGAAGUGACUGGGUUGCUCUGUCACGACAGUUUGUGGCCUAUGUAGCAAGCAAUGCAUCAACUGAAGAUCCUCUGCUUAGUGGUCUUGCUGUAGUAUUUCAUCACACUUUAUUGCCUGCUGAGACUUUCUUCCACACUGUGCUGCGGAACUCACGUUUUUGCAACACGUACGUAGACAACAACCUACACGUGACCAACUGGAAACGGCGACUGGGAUGCAAAUGUCAGUACAAACAUGUUGUUGAUUGGUGUGGUUGCAGUCCCAAUGAUUUCAGGAUUGAUGAUUGGCCACGCCUCCAGGGAACAGAAGGGCGGCAGCUAUUUUUUGCUCGAAAAUUUGAAGCUAUUGUUAACCAGGGAAUUAUAAACCAGCUGGAUGAGUGGUUGUAUGGUCCACAUACUGCAAGUAUUACUGGGCUUAAUAGUUAUUGGCAGAAUACAUACCACAGUGAUGAUCUCAGCCCAUCACCUGAUGAUGCACUUGUAACACUCGCCUUCAGCCUUGCACGUCUCACUGCAAAAGAUAUAAAUAUUAAUAAUGAUGGGUGCUCCCUGAGUGUGAAGAAAAUUGUAUCGGUCACUUCAUACCACUUCAAAGACAUCUACAAGGGCUCAUUGAUACUGUUUGAGGCACAACUAGAAGAAGCAAAUAGAAUUGCAACUGUUAGACUGGAAACCUGGAUAAAACCUCAGGAUCACAUUAGAAUUUUUGACCAUGGUGCCCUGCAGUCUGUGAUCAAGUCGGCAGUUGUGAGCUCUGAUUAUGAUCAAAAAGAACAGCUGUUGAGGAAUCAUCUACGGAGCUUAGGCCCUUUCUCAGAACCAGCAUUGGCUGUUGAGAUAGAACCAGCAUUAGGAACUAAUUCAGCUGUAUCACUAAAUCUGACAGCUCUCUGGAUAGACCCAGCAGGAAGACUUGCCCAGGUUGCAGACAUUCAUGUUGAUGAUACUACCUUGACUGGUUCAGUGAAGCCAACACUUCGAGACCCACUACUUCCAGGUGCAUGGAAAGUGAAGCUGUUACACAAGGAUUCUCCAUUAGUCCAAACGGAAUUUGUUGUUAUGCCGCUAGAAUUUGUAUCAGGUGUGCCAGUGAGUCAGCAGCAAGCAGGGUUUAUUCAUAAUGGACCACCUCAAAUAUUUAGUGUUGAUGAAGGCUCUGAGUGGGACAAACAUCUGAUGUUGAGCUCUGAAGAAAGGGCUAGUCUGCAGAGAAGAAGUGUAACCAAUGCUCGUCGAUUUGGGCUUGAUCUGAGGGAAUGGAUCGAUUCGCUUACUACAAAAUUCUAUAAAAUUUUGGACAAGUGUGUCGACACAAUGCAGAGACGACCUGAUGCACUACUCUGUGGGAAUUUGCAAAUAGAACCUUGUGCUGCAACUUUUUGGAGCUCACUGUCUCCUGACCCAAAGUCUAGUAUCACAACUAUUGAGCCUGCAACGGGUCGACUGCACAGGUGAUGACUGGGGUUACUUUUUAGGUAUAUUUCAAAUUUGUGAUCAACAUGACAUUCAAAAGCAAUACUGAGAAGUCAUUCCACUAUUUAAGAGUCUCCUUCUAAAGCCAUUUAAAUAUUUGACAGGCAAUCAUAUACAAAAUGAAAGCUUUAAUGUCUGUUUGAUUUUUAAAUGGUCAUUGUUAUACAAAAAUUUUAAAGAUAAAUUUGAAAUGCCAUAUUUCUGUACCAUGUGAUAUCCACUACUUGAGUUUAGCUUUGCUCAGAUUACAUAUAAGAUAGUUUACAAUAAAAGUUUUCUAUUAAUUCAUGAAAUGUUUUGUGAUAAGACAUCAACAUAUGACCGGUGCUCAUUGUACAUGUAUAUAUGUCAGAUUUCAUGAACUGCUCCUAUGUAAAUCUGUACCGUAUUUUGAAGGGGUGUAUAAAGUAUUAAUUCAAAGAAGUAAUAAUCAUCAAAUCCAACAUGAAGCUCAUAGCUGAAUGUUGAUUUGGUGAAUAUGUUAUGUACUUACUGUGUAAGUUUGUUGACCUUUACUGUUAAUGGAGAACAUUAAAAAUCUGACUACAAAAGUUAAUUCCUCAUUGUGCUGAAUAUAUAUAUAUAUACACAGUAUAUAAAUCAGUCAUAAUUCAUGAAUGCCUCAAAAAAUAACAUAAAACUGCAGAUAUUUUUUUCAGUUUCCUAUAACCCAACGGAUACUACCUUUGUACUGAGCAUGGUAUUUGCUGUGAUCCUUGUAGGCUCCUUAUAUUAGCUGAUAAUCUGAUUUCAGAUUCCUGAUUGUUAACAUAUCACAGAGAAAUCCUUGCACAUCCUCAGAUGUUGAAAUGAGAAGAAGGAAAUUGGUUUAGAUUUAAUGUUCUUUCAAUGACAAGGUCAUUAGAAACAGAUAGUUGGUGAUAGAUAAUGAAUACAUCAUUAAAAUGAAGUGAUCAUAUGGCAUUAUUGGCCGGGAGACCCAGCCUGGGGUUGUUUGGCUGCCUAGUGCAGGUCUUUUUAUUUGAUGCCACAUUGGUGAUUUGCAUUUUGAUGAUGAUGAUGAUGAUGAUGAUGAUGAUGACAACACAACACUCAGGCCCUGAGCAGAUAAAAAUCUGCAACUUGGACAAGAUUAAAACUUGAGCCCUCAUGCAUGGCAGCCAGCUGCACUGAUCACUCAGUUACAGAGAUGGACAAAUACAUCAUUAUAUUGAUGGGAGAAUAGAGAGGAUGAAAUCUGGUUCUGACACAAUAGUAGCAGCAUUAAAAUCACUGAUCUUAACUCAAUGAAUGCCUUAUGACUUAAUCAAAUAAGGCACUACAUAGCACAGGAUUUAAUGAAGAUAGCAGAAUCUUCUUUUUACUGUGUGACAGUAGGUGGACACACAAGAAGGUUGACAACAAUAAUAGUUUUCAUAACCAGCAUUUUUCCUCAUUUAGUAAGAGGGAAAACAGAACUAUUCAACACUUAAAUAUGAAAUUAAGCCUGAUACCUGGGAUCAAGAUAUCAGAAUAGGAUCAGAAGGAAACCAGUUUGUUGGAUUGUAGGGUUUCCUCUAAUCCAUUAUAUUUUUUGACAGAUGAAGGGACCCAUGGCUCCAAACAGUAGACUUUCUGUCAACUUUUCUUUGAUUUUUUUAAGCUGUGCUAACACUUUGCAAGUGUUUUUUUCCUAAAUUUAUUCAAUAUAGAAUUGAGCAAUGUUUUACAGCAAAAAAAGGAAGAGUUACAUCUUCUUAAUGGCCCACAUAGAUGAUUAAAAAUUUUGUCAAGUUUCACAUUAUUUGCCACUCUGGUGUUUCGUUUGGUGUGUUCAUCAAAUUUAUGCUUCGUUUGACAUAUUUGAGAGAAAGUUUGAUUAUGGCCAAUUUGACAAACAGUUUCGACUGCUUAUGCAUGUAUUUGUUGAACAAUAGUCAAUUGCUAUUGUUUAUAACUGAGAGAUAUCUGGCAACUGGAAGAGAUUUCAGGGAUUUAAAGUGUGUAUCUUACAUUGCAUCUUGUACGUUGCCCACCAGUGUCAAAAUAUUUCAUGACACGAUACAUACAGCAUGACAAUGCUUAAAAAGUGACAUCAAAUUGUUUGCUGUGUUGUGCAUUUGUUCGAGAAACCAAACAGUGAAUUUGGCAGACAAGUUUUAUUAUUUACAGUGGCUUUUAACAGAUGAAUACUGUAUAAUCCCAAAUCAGCUAAAUACAUAUACCAAACAACCCACAGAGAAGUAUCAGUCUGUCAGAUAAUCUGCUCCCUGUCUAGGUUCGAACCUGGUCUUCAUGUAGUUUUCACUUAUAGAGGAAAAUAUUUUAUUUCCUCAACACAUCAGAAACUUUUCAUGUGAGCCAAUCUGUCAUUUGAAGAUAAUUCUGUGACGCCAGAAGAUCUGGAUCAGAAAUUAAUGCAUUCCUUUGUGCACUGAAUCUGCAACUCAGACUUUGUCUUUCUCACAUGAUAUUCUGUCUUACAAGAUUAUUUUAUUGCAAAACUGUGUGUGAGCUACCCAGAUAAAUGGCCUGCUUAUAAGUGUGUUUGUUCAGAUUGAACUCAUUACGAGGUGCUAAAAAUCCUACUAGGGUGAAGAUCAUCUAGGAGAGAAGUAUAGCAGAGAUUUUGCUCCACAGUUAUCAGUUUGUAAGUAAUAUGAUGCAGAGCUUCAGAUCACUCUCCUUAAUAACUGAUUGGCUGAACUUGUAUUAAUUCUCACAUCAAGUCAGUGUCAAAAGUAUUACAACGAUAGACCACUAACCACCCUCAGCAUUUUAUAAGAGCAGAGAUGUUGUUUCAAGGGAUACAGCAAAUAUUGAUGAAUUAUAAUGAAUCAUUUAUUUCAGUCACAGUUGCAAAAUGAUACAGGUCAUCAUCACUAGUUUCAACGGUUAGGUGACCAUCAUCAAAUUUUGACUGGUUGGUUACUGUUUAACAUAUUGUGAGUGUCAAAUCACUGUGUCAACAUUAAAAUAGCCUAAUGGCCAAAACCAAUCACCAUCACAUUUAUUGUUUUGCAGCUGUGACUGAAAUAAAUAAUCAUUAUAAUUUUAGUGGUUAAUUGUCAAGUGGCAGACACUAACAGAAACAGAAUGGAGGGUUUAGGUUUUAGCUUUCCCUCAGAGCUACUAACAGUUAUCAGAACUUGUCUUCUGAUUAUCCUUAACGGUUCUGAAUGAUAAUGGCAGUUCAGCAACUUAGCUGACAUAUCCAUUCUUCAUCUAUGCUUGCCACCAUUUAGGACUUUGAGGUAAGUGCUGGCCUGUGCUCCAUCAUAAGCAUUCAGUUGCCUCUCCCACUUGAUCAAUAAUAAAAGUAGUUCUUUGUCACAGCAGAAACUUCUUUUAAAUGUAAUCAGUCACUGAGGAAGACCAAACUAUUGAUAGGAAAGAUGACUGUAGCUGUUCUUCCAUUAUUAUAAUUACAUUGUUACAAAACAUGCAAGUAGCACUUCAAAUGGGUUUUGCAAGUUAUCUAUGCAUACUAAUUUUUUGGGAAACAAAGUUUUAGUACCUUGGUUCUUGUUAUGCUUGUAGUAAAAGCUGAAUUUAAAUUUCCCACUUCCAUAAACAAGUAGUAACAGCUGUGUGAGAGAAACAUCUGCCAACUACCAUUAAAGAGAUGUGCAUAUUUAAUUCAAAACACUAUAAAUGGCAUAGUUUCCAUCAAGUUAGUUUUCUUAUUUAUAGUAGUCAAACGAUUAAGAGAUAACUGUGGCACAUUCUCCAGACUAGCAUGAUUUUGUGGUUGUGCAGCGCAGAAAAAAAAAUUUGAUGUUCCUCAAUGAAAACAACGUCCUUGGCUAAUUACUGUUUUCAUAAGUGCCAAAUAUGUUUUCCAUUGAAUACCAUUUUCCUCUGCUCUCACCUUAAGAAUCACAAGAAAAUAUCAGAGACAUCUUUAACAUAUUUUAAAGAAUGAGAUGUAUUGAUGUAGUCAGGCAGUUAUUCUGGCUAUAUUACUUGUAUUCAUGUGCAUCUCAAGGCCUAAAGUCACCUUUUCACUUUUUCCAUGUGCAAAACUUAAAUAUUUCAUGUAUAUAUUCAGCACAGAGACAUAUUUCUCUUUCAUUAUAUAAAAAAUGUUUUAUUGUGUACAUCAGGGAGUUGUCUACUGUUAUCAAGGAAUAUAUAUGAAGUACUGAUAAUUUUAUAUGAGGCAGAUGAUUUGGGACUUACUAUUGUUUUGAAUAUCACACCGAAUAUGUUGGUUUUUAUUUAGCAUGUUAUGUGACAUUUGUUACUCAAAACUAGUAUAGAAUGAGUGUUCCUUAGUCAUAGCCAUUUUUUCAGUGCCAUACAGCUUUCAUACUGUAAGACAUUAAAUGUCGAUUUUAUGUAUUGUAUUAUUCAUUUAAAGUCUUUAAAGUUUUGAUAAGAAUGUUUAAAUUAUUUGUGAUCUGAUGAUGACUGUUGAAUGUAUGAGACUGUCAUGUGAUUUAUUGUACAUUAUGGGAAAUUAAUAUGUUUUAUAUUCAAGUACAUAAAUGUAAUUUAUACAAAUGAAAAAACUGACAUUUUUCAUACAUAUGUAUUUUAAUAAAUGCUCAUAAAAG